CUUCGCGCGUUGUGCGUUGUUGUUGCCCUGGCUUGUGACCGUGAUGAAGAUCACCGCAGCCCUCGUGUCGGCUUUACUCUUGCCAGCGAGCUGCUUCGCUGGGCUGUCGUCGAUAUGGCGACACUCUGCCAAGAUCAAGCGUGACGGGUUCUUGACGGACAGCUUCGCCGUGCAGGGGAUUUCCACCAAUAUGGCGGUCCGACAGGUACCCGGAGAUGGUAACUGUCUCUUCCACGCGAUCUCCGCGUGCCUCGACCACGCCUGCAACGGUACGCACCCCAGCUUAGACUUGAGCGAGCUGAUGCCCAAGUCCGCCGCACUCAGGAAGGUUGCGGUGGACUACCUGGUGGACAACCUGAAGAAAACUCUCUACCUUGAGAAGGAGGAGAGCGUUCCGGUGUACGAGCUUCUCAGCGUCGUGGCCGCGCAGUACAACAUGACCGCCGAGCACUACUGCGAGGUGAUGCGACAGUCCAGUGUGUGGGGGGGCGGGCCGGAGAUCGUGGCCCUGUCCAAUGCUCUUUGUCGACCCAUCCACGUGUAUGAGCUAGCCUCUAAUGGUGUAAGCUUUUGCUUCCGAAGGAUGGCUUGCUUCGGGUCCCCUUCUUUCGACGACAAGCAAGCGAUACACAUUCUCUCCGCAGACUCUAGAUUCCCAAACCUCAAGCCAGGCAGACAGCUGGCUAACGGCAACCACUUUCUGGCCCUCUUCCCCUGUCCAGAGACCGUGGCGUCUCCGGACGCGGCGGGCGUGGGAGUGGGCGGAGGGGGGGCGUCCAGCCUGAGGGGGAGCGCCGCGGAGGCUUCGGCCAUCGGGGUGGGCGGGAAAAAGCCCGGAAAGUUCCGGCGUUUCUUGUCGAGCCUGUUGACCUGCUCGUGCCUGUCGUCCCGGCGAGCCGUGAGGGAAGACGACGAGCCCGCGGCCGGCGACGUUACCACCAUCACAGACCCGACCAGCGCUCACAAGGGGGCGGCUCAUCCGCAGGGGGCGAUGGAGACAGGUGGCGGCGGUGUCGGGGGGGCGAGCGGUUGGCAGCAGGGCACCCCGGCACCCGACGUCGUGGUUGGGCUUGGUUCGGAAACCGUUUCGGGAGCGAGGGGCGGCGGAGGGACGCACGCGCGGCGAGGGUGGCCGCAGCAGCAAUCGGGCCUGGCUGCUCACAACGCUAAGAAGGGGCGCGGUGUUGGGUGGACACGAACCCGAUGA